CUCAAAACACCACCCCCCACUGCUCCCCUCCUCCGUCCCACCGGUUGCUGAUGAUGAUGAUGGGCGUGCACGCCGCCGCCCCUGCGGCCGUGCACCCUGGCCUCCGGCGGCAGUUCCCGGCGUUGCCGCCGCCGUCGUACCUAUCACCGUCAUCAUGCCCCUUCUCCCUGUUCAUCGUCGUCCUAAUUGGUUCCUUGUUGAUUUCGUCGCCCCCUGCGGCCGCCGCCGGAGGCGGCGGCGGAAGCGACCCUGACUCGCUCGCCGAGAGCUCGGCGGACGCGCUGAUCAAUUUCAAGAACACCCUGGUGGCGGGGCCCAACGGGCUGACGGCGUCCCGGGAGCUGGCGUCGUGGGACCCGGCGACGGCCCCCUGCUCCGGCAACGCCGAGAAUUGGCGAGGGGUGCUCUGCUACAACGGCGACGUCUGGGGUCUGCAGCUGGAGAAUUUCAACCUCUCCGGCGACAUCGACGUCGACUCCCUCACGCCCCUCCGGUUCCUCCGGACGCUCAGCUUCAUGAACAACGCGUUCGAGGGGCUGAUGCCGGACUGGAGAAAGCUCGGCGCCCUGAAAUCCCUGUUCCUGUCCAACAACCGGUUCUCCGGCGAGAUCCCCGGCAACGCCUUCGCCAGCAUGACAUCUUUGAAGAAAGUGUACCUGUCGAACAAUAAUUUCGCCGGACGCAUUCCCGUCUCUCUGGCGACCACCCCCAGGCUCUUGGAAUUGAAGCUGGACAACAAUGGGUUCACCGGAACCAUACCGGAGUUUCCGCCGGGGCUCAAGUUACUCAACGUUUCUAACAAUAAGCUGGAGGGCCGGAUCCCCCGGAGCUUAUCCGUUAUGGAUUCCUCUACUUUUGCUGGGAACAAGGAUUUAUGCGGGAAGCCACUGGAAAAGGCAUGCAACCCGGAAAGCCCACCUGCCCCGACUCCUCAAUCAGCAGGCCCAAAUUCAGAUGAAUACCCGACCCGGCCCACACCUCCCUCAUCGUCUUCCUCGUUGAGCCGGCUGUUAAUGCUGAUCGCAAUAUGUCUGCUCGCCCUAGCCGUCAUCAUCCUGCUCAUCAUCAACGUCCUCCGCAACCGCCGCAACGAGGAAGAGCCCACCUUGGGCCGCGGCGGCAGAGCCGCGGCAAUCAGCUCCUCCUUCUCCCCCUAUUCCGAGAAUCUCUCCGUCGGCGGCGGCGCGUCAUCUCCGGAAAUUGCGAUCUCUCCGGCGGGGAAUAACGCCCCGGUAGCGAAAGGAGGAGGAGGAGGGGUGGGGAAGCUGACAUUCGUGAAAGGGGGAGAAAGAGGGCAAAUAUUUGACCUGCAGGACCUGUUGAGGGCGUCGGCAGAGGUGUUGGGAAGUGGCAACUUGGGGUCGUCAUAUAAGGCGGUGAUGAUGGACGGAGAGGCAGUGGUGGUGAAGAGGUUCAAGCACAUGAACCAUGUGGGUAGGGAGGAUUUCCACGAGCACAUGAGGAGGUUAGGGAGGCUGAGCCACCCCAACUUGCUCCCUCUUGUUGCUUAUUAUUAUAGGAAAGAGGAGAAGCUAUUGGUGGUUGAUCAUGUCCCCAAUGGUAGCUUGGCCACUCACCUUUAUGGGAAUGACUCAAGGCUUGACUGGCCAACAAGGUUGAAGAUUGUGAAAGGAGUAACAAGGGGAUUAUCCUACCUUCACUUAGAGCUCCCAAGCCUAGUGACACCCCAUGGCCACCUCAAGUCUUCGAAUGUGCUUCUUGACAACUCAUUCAACCCCCUCCUCAUGGAUUACACUUUAGUUCCUGUGUUAAACUGCGACCAACUCCAAAACAUCCUCAUCGUCUAUAAGUCUCCCGAAUACGCGCGACAAGGCCGCACCACCAAGAAAACAGACGUCUGGACCCUUGGAAUAUUGAUCCUCGAGUCAAUGACGGCAAGAUUUCCCGCAAACUACUUAAUGCAGUGUCCCGGAUACGGUUCUGAAUUUGCUAGCUGGAUUGACUCUAUAUCCAAAGGUUUGCACAACGACAAUGGCGACGAAACCACAGUGUUCGACAAGGAAAUGGGGGAUACAAGAGGAAGCCGAGGGGAAAUGCGAAAGCUAGCCGAGAUCGGACUCGCUUGUUGCCAAGAGGACUUAGACAAGAGGUGGGAUUUAAAGAAGGCGUUAGAAGAAGUUGAAAAGAGCCGCCGGAGCAUGGCGUUGAAUUGGCUUCCGAAUAUCAUUUCCGCCGCCGCACCUGACAGUACUCGUCCCAUAAACCUACUUACUCGUCCCUAUCAGCUCAUCUCCGCCGCCGCCGCCGCACCUGACAGUACUAGUGCUAUAUCGCCACAUCGCUUGAUUUCAUGCUAUCUCUGUUCAACUUCUCCCGUCUGCUUCUCUCCGAAUACCCGAGUCUAUUCUCGUACUGUCCGCCGCCGCAAUUUCAAAUUUGGUUCGAUAGUGCCGCCGCGGUGCUCGUCUUCUUCGAGUGCGGAAGGAAAAGGAGAAGAGGAAGAUAAACUCGGGGAAGCUCGGGAUGCGCUUUGCGAUUAUCUUCAGCAGCUUGGGGUUUCGACGGAGGAAGCUAUGGAAAUCGCCAUUGCUGCUCCCAGCUACCUGCAAAUGUUGAUUGAGAGUGUUCAAGACCUGGAUGAACUCUCCUUGUGGAAUUCGUGGACGGAUUCGGCUUCCGAAGCUCCUCCCUCACAGCCUUCGUUCAGGAGCAAGGUCUUCCAAAUGGCCAAGCAGAAAGGCGAUAAGGGUAUGCUUCCCUAUCUAGAAAGCACUGGCCUCACUCUCUCUUCUGCAACUUACCUAGGCCGCUAUCUCUCAUCCUCCCACACACUUCCGGAUCUUAUUCAAAAGGUUAAAUAUUUGAAGGAAACAUUAUUUUAUCACAGUGAUGAUGAAGGUAUUGUUGGUAUGAAUGCUAGACGAAUGAUGAAGCACCUUUCUAUUUCCAUUGAUGAUGAUGUGCAGAAAACAUUGUCAUUCUUUGAAAAGAUCCAAGCGAGACGUGGAGGUCUAGAUUUAUUAGGUUCCAAAGAUAGUUCUUUCCGAUAUCUUAUCGAAUCAUUUCCACGUCUUUUGUUGCUUCCAUUGGAGACUACAGUGGAGCCUGUCCUCCAAGUCCUUGAGGAUAUUGGUGUUGCACAUGGGUCGAAGAAACGAAUCCUACUACUCUUUCCGCCAAUUAUUUUCUAUGAUGUCGAGAAGGACAUAAGACCAAGAUUACAUUCUUUCGUAAAAAUUGGCGCAGCAGACAAAGAUUUUGGUCAGAUGUUACUCAAGUAUCCAUGGAUUCUUUCUGCAAGCAUUCUGCAAAACUAUGAAAGGAUCCUAGAUUUCUUCAAUAAGAAGAAGGUACCCGUUGCUAGUGUGGCCAGUGCAAUCAAAAGAUGGCCACUCCUUUUAGGCUGCUCAGUUGACAAGAUGAAAUUGAUGCUUGAUCAAUUUAAAGACUUGGGCAUCGUAAACAAGAAGUUGGGUAAGGUUAUUGCAACAAGUCCGCAGUUAUUGGUACAGAAACCUCAGGACUUCCUCAAGGUGGUGCAAUUCCUUGGAGAUCUGGGAGUUGAUGAGGAUGUCCUUGUUAAAAUUCUUGUUCGUUGCCCUGAAAUUUUUGGUUCAAGUAUUGAGAGAACUCUUGAGAGAAAGCUUAAUUUUCUGAAUACUAUUGGUAUUUCCAAGAGUCAUUUCCCCAGGGUUAUAAGGAAAUAUCCUGAGUUCUUCAUAUGCGAUGUUGAUGGAGCUUUGCUUCCAAGGGUAAGGUAUUUGAGGCGUGUUGGGAUUUCAAAGCGUGACAUAUCAUUCAUGGUCCGUAAGUUUUCGCCUUUACUCGGGUACAGUACAGGAGAAGUGCUGAGGCCAAAAGUGGAAUUCCUAGUAAACACAAUGGGAAGGGGAAUAAACGAAGUGGUGGAAUACCCAAGAUACUUCAGCUACUCUCUGGAGAAGAGGAUAAAACCAAGGUAUUUGGUGUUGAAAGGUAGAAAUGUGGAUUGUAGCUUAAAAGAUAUGUUAGGCAAAAAUGACGAAGAGUUCUUGUCUGACUUUAUGGGGGUCGAAAGGAUGCUUAUCCCCCCUUCUUAAAGACAAUUGCUGCUCAAUGCUCCACUGCAAAUAUAUAGGACCCAUACGACGGCAUCCUCAGCCCCUGCUUAAUUCUCUCAUGCAGGUGUGACCACUAUAAAUUGAGAUUUUUGCAGCAGAAGUGAAAGACUGGAUGGCUCGAGGAAGUGAAAGACUGGUUCGCAUCAAAUUAAAGCAGGUAAUUAACAAUGCAAAUGGAGCUUCAUACUCUCUAGUCUUCUUCAAAAGAUAAAAAAAUUUUCCCCGUCGCAAAACAUAAAUUUCAACCACAAGUUUCCGCUAUGUUAAAAAAAAGGUGCCCCCUAAAAAUGGGCUCAUUUUGUUACACUCUUAUUAACAAAAGUAUCAUAUGAAUUCCCCCAUCCUAAUUUGUUGAGCUCUAUUUGACUGCGACGGAGAUGAAUGAUGUGAAAAUUUUAUACCAGUGGUUGAGAUUUUAUAUUGACAAGCGGUAAAUGUUACUCCAUUCUUUAUUUCUUUAUCAACGGUUUAUUGUGACUUUCAUUUUACGGAGUACAUUAAAAAUGAAUAGAUGUAAAUAUA